CUGGUAUGGAGGAGAGACGAGGAGCUUCAGGGAUCUGCAGUCAGGACCUUCCACAAUAAAUCAUUCUUCUCAUCAACUAACCACCCCUGUUCACUAUUAACCCUGACGAUGGCCACCCUUUCUAACCCUCACCAUCACUAACCAGCCUGGAGGUGGACGGGGACGCGCUUGGUCCGCGGAGGCGAGCUUUAAUGUGCUGCAGCGGGACUGGGGGAGGAGCAGCCGCAGCAGAGCGGAGCGGAGCGGAGGAGAGGAGCGGAGAGGAGAGGAGCACGCCGGACUCCGGACUCCCGCUUCUCCCAGAUGCUCAGGGACACGCACGGAGGCCGCGGAGCGGACGCACGGAGCGCGGCAUCGCAGAGGGAACAUGGCGGCUCGGAUCCGGAGAGGAGCAUCACCUAACACAGAGGGAGGAUGGCCCAUGUGAAGACAGCAGCCCGUUUCUAGGCAACAGCUUCAGCAACACUAAGUGUGUGGACAGACACACACUCAGUUAUCGCCAUGGCCUACAAGAUCCCUGGGGCGGCCAUGGACAGAGUCAGCCUGCUGUGGCGUCUGAGGCGCCGUGCUCGCCGCGGGGCGCUCUGCAUGGCCUUCUUCUGCAUCUCCAUGGCUCUGCUCUACGCGCUCUGUGCUGAGAACAGCGUGCCUGUCACAGAUGCCAUCUUUGGCAUUCGAGCUCGGACCCGAGCUCAACCACGCACUCACUCCGUCAUAAAGGUGCUGCGAGGAGGAGCGAAGCCCGUGUAUGUGGACCCUCAGAAGCUCCCGGGGGUCAUCCCGGGCGACCCUCGCCGGCCCAUUCCUGUCCUCUCCUCCCCAAACCACACACAUGAAGACAGCCACUUCCCUACCAAGAGGAAGCGGGAGCCUUUAGGAUUCUUUGCCCGGCUGCUGCCACGGCCCUUGACUCGUGCCCUGGAGACCCUGUUCGGGGGACGGCGGCGAGGGGAGCUGAGCGGUCGAGGCGGCGACGCAGAGUUCUUUGGACCUCACGGGCUGCUAGGAGAGGUGUGGAAUGACGAAAUGUCCAGCAGCAUGCUGGGAAGCAGGCUGAAGAAGGUUGUGCAAAAUUAUCAGGCAAUGAACAAAUAUGGCGUGGAGGCAGGGGGUCCCGGCGGCGUCUCCAGCCGGCCCAAGCUGACCAGCCUCCAACUCCUCUGCCAGUUCAAGGACAGAGUGGAUAAAGUGUCAACUCUGACCUCUGACCUGCAGCCCUUUUCAGCGCUGCCCUGGGCUGUCCAGCUGCCCCCCGACCCACUGACCUCUGACCUUGGGCCAUUCGGGAGCUGUGCAGUGGUGUCGUCGGCCGGCUCGCUGCGAUACUCUGGCCUGGGGAAAGAGAUUGACUCCCAUGAUGCUGUGCUGCGCUUCAAUGCUGCACCUACUGCUGGAUACGAGAAGGAUGUGGGGUCUAAAACCACCAUCCGCCUCAUCAACUCUCAGGUGAUGGCAUCUGAUGACCACCGCUUCCUGUCCAGUUCGCUGUACAGCUCAGGUGUUCUGGUGGCCUGGGACCCCGCCCCCUACUCCGCUGACCUCAUGCAGUGGUACAACCGGACAGAUUACCCCAUCUUCACCCAGUACCAGAGGUACCGGAGGCUCCACCCACUGCAGCCCUUCUACAUUCUUCACCCACACUUCCAAUGGCAGGUUUGGCAACGAAUCCAGGACAACAUGGCUGAGCCCAUUCAGAAGAACCCGCCCUCCUCUGGCCUGCUUGGCACCAUCCUGAUGAUGUCUCUGUGUGAGGUGGUACACGUGUACGAGUUCCUGCCGUCCCGCCGUAAGACCGAGCUCUGCCACUACUACCAGCGCUUCUACGACGCGGCGUGCACGCUGGGCGCGUAUCACCCACUGCUGUACGAGAAGAACCUGGUGAAGCGCAUGAACCAGGGCUCUGACCGGGACAUCUACACGCAUGGACGUGUCACGCUGCCUGGGUUCACCCAGCUCAACUGCACCCAGUCAGGUGGAGGAGUGCCUGACUGAACACACGCACACACACACACACACACACACACACACACACACACACACACACACACACAGACAAACCCUGCAUGAGGACAGACAAAGGCAUGAAAACUCCAAAGUCACUGCCAAAGGAAAUCCCUCAGUGAACACCUGAAGUCAUCCAGACAUGUUGAAUGCGCGUAUCCGGACACGUAAACACACCCGCAUGCAUGCACAUGCAUGCACACACACAGUCGGCUCAUUCCUGUGCCUGCUACAUAUCCUCAUUGCCCCAAACUCCUGGAAAGACCCAGCCGCCUUUUGCUAAACAUUGCUACGUACAAAUGGCUAAGUAGCCUGGCUAGUUUAAAAUUAGAAGCAGUCAAUUCUGCGCUGACUUUUUUCUCCGUCACAUGUAGCGGCAGCAUCUACCAACAUAUGAAUUCAUAUUCGUUACUACAGUAUAGGAGCAUGACGUUUUGGUCAGACUUUAGCUGUAGCUGGCUAGCUGGUAAGACAGCUAGCUAUAAUUAGCCACAUUGCAGUCAGUGCAGUCUGUUUUUUUACAUGCUGUCAGUUCUAUUUUAGACGACAUAAUGUCAAAACAGUUUCACAGUGGCGCCUCUGACUUUAUUCAUUUGAACAUCAAAGUCCAUCUAUAUUUUAAAUUUCUUUCACUUGUUUACUGCUGUAAAAGCUACUUCACUGAGGUGCUGAGCUCAGUGAGGUUUUACCCUGACCCUUGAGUAAUGAACUAAACAACAUUCAGUCAAAAUAUUUGGUAUGCUCACUUUUUGUCAGUAUUGGCUAUGCUUGCUAUGUUCCUCAUCCCAACAUUGACCUUGUUCCAUGUAAUUUGUGAGGCAUACUUGAUCAAUGUUUGUUUUUCACUUCGUAACUUCAGUGUUUUAUGUUGUAAUUUCUUAUUCAAGACUUCUAAAUGUGUCACUUGUAUUUCAAAAUGACAACUUUUUUCAGGUUUUACUCAUGUUAGUUUUUGAUGUCAUGUUAUUAUUUAGCACAUUUUUUGUGUUAGAAUAUUCCAGAGUAUGAAUGACAUUAUGAAAACAUCCAGUUGAAAGUGGGAUGCGCCACAUGCUGUAAACAUUUGAGGUUAAAAAACAUGCUAGUAUUCAAUCUGGAGCUGGUUGGAAGCCGUCAUAAGGUUUCUUCUUCAUAAUGAUUCCAGUUUAUUGUUUCUCCAGCCGAACACUCGAGGAAUUGAUGUCAUUGUUUGUUUAGAGAAAAACUCUAUGCAGCUGCAUGUAAAGCCUUCACACCUUCCUGUUAUUUUAUGCAUUUUUUAAACAAGCUCUCCUACAAAAAACCUUUGGAAUUUGGAUAGUAGUCAAGUUUUCUCUGUUAUUUCUUUGCGAUUUUCCUUCUUUCUUGUCAUGUAAACAUGCAGACUUCCUUUUUCAGAAUGACAUUUUCUAACCGUUUCAGACUGACAUGAUGUAAUUCUGUAUAACAAUUGUCCAUUAUCAGUAGUGAUUGCCGAACUGAAGUCUACAACCCACAGUAGGGACUGCAGAUCAACUUGAAA